AUGGCGGCUCUCUCCACCACCUUCUACUACCACCCACUCUGCACUAACCACCGUACAAAGAGACAAGCCUCAAGCAGACACGGAGUUAGAUCUAUGAGAGUGAUGUCUUGUCGGAAGCAGAAAUUACCAGAAGAGAAUGAAGGAGUGAUCCAGAGAACAUUGAGAAGGAUGAUUUCAGAGGCUGGGAAGAUUGGGAAGAAUCUGAAGCCAGAGAAGAAGAAAGGAGACGUCAAGGACCUGAUGCUUAUGAGUCUCUCUUUUGCUGUUUAUGUUUAUAUCUCUCAACUAUUGGUUUGUGCUUACUUCUCCUGGCAACAUCUCAGCUUCCCCAAAUCUUCAUGAAAAGGCAAACCAACCAUUGCGAUAACACUAUCAACCAGUUAAGGCUCUUUGUUUUAGAGCCGAAAGGAGAUGCAAGAGCCUCGGGCAGAGUCGCUGAGUAUGCCUUGAAAACCAAAACUUUGACCGUAAUUGUUAGAAAGAAAGAGAGAUUCCUAACCAUUUCGUAUUGGCCUCCUCCAAUUUAUCCUCCUUAAACAGAGAGCCCC